GGAAGUGUGAAGUGAAGCCAAUGUAGCAGAGAGGAGAGAGAGAGAGAGAGGGGGGGGACUUUGUGUUGUUGCCAAUCUGUGAAAUCAAAGAAUCUCUUGGUGGGUAAGAGAAGAGGAAGGUGGAAGUGUUUGUGGGUUUUCGUUAGAUUUUCUUUUUUCUGCAUAGAAAAAAAGGUAAAUCACUCUGCCAUUAAACAAGGGAACCGCUUUAUAGGACCCACACUCGGGAGAGGGAGGUGUUUGCCAUAUCUUGUGAAAAAUGUGGAGCAGUAAACUAGAUUGUCUUGGAUGGCAGAGAAUAAUUCAUGUUGUAUGAUAUGUCGUUGAGCGUGGAUAAACAGUAGGAAAUUGGACAUGAGUAUGCUGGUGGGGACAUGCUUGAGCCAAGAGAAACUGAUCUUCCCGCCCUGUUCCUGAUCUUUGUUGUGCUGCCCCUCAUUAUUUACAUCUUACUUGGAAAAUGGAGUGAGGCUACAAAGAAGAAAGAUAGGAUAAGUUUGCUUGCUCAAUUGGCUGCUGAGGAAGCUCUUAGGGCAGAAGCCAUGGUUGCUGCUAGUGUUAUCCCUCUCACUCCUGUUUUGAAGAAUGGUGUUCAUGAGUGCGCCAGAUGCUCUGGACUAGCUACCACACGCUGUUCCCGAUGCAAGUCUGUUCGCUACUGUUCUGGAAAGUGCCAGAUAAUUCAUUGGAGGCAAGUUCACAAGCACGAAUGCCUGCAACUGGAAACCCACAGCUGCAGUUCAUCUCCUAUGUCUAUCUCAAAUGAAGAGUCUAUUUAUGAAAGAUUCUUACUCAGUGACAGGACAAAUUUACAAAGCCCUGGAUACAAUAUUAAGAACCCGGAGCAUGGGAAAACUUCUGCUGAUCAUAGGAUCCAUCAUUCUAUUAGCAACGGUGCAUUGGCUACCAAUUCUUGUACCUCAAUUGACGCAUCUGGAGUCCCCAUGAUGGAGAGAAGAUCUACUGACAGGCGGGUUUCUCGUAAAUCUAAGCUAAGAAGAGAGGAUGAAACUAUAUUAGAUUCUACAGAAGUGUCCACGAGUAGUGUUACCUGUUCCACCUCAUCCAGUAAAGAGGCUAAUAUAAGACAUAAGUUAAAAAGUUUUGACUCUGUGCCCUUAGAAGAAGAAAUUCCGAGGACGCACAAUAUCAACAUCUCGGGUGGUUUUAGUAAUGGACAUGCUGCAAGAAGUACAAUGCAUGAAAGUCAUGAUUUACAAAGUCAACAUGAAAAAAUAUUUGAUUCAAGAACUAAUUCGGGUAUCUCAAGCUCAUUUAGUUCACCGAAUCCUGGGACAAAUGUGUGUGACAUUGAAGCAGAGUUAAUGUCAGGUAGAGAAAACUUUUUUAUGGAGGGAAUUACUUCUAAGGAUGAAACUGUAGAGUUGAACUGCUCUUCUGAAACAAUCUCAACGAAGAGAAGCAUUAAAGCUAAAAGUGCAUCACAUUCUCCUGGAACCAAAAUGCAUAGAUCACAAAAAUCAACGAUGAAGACGUCAAUAGAUCAAUCGUGUUUAGAAAUGGAGAGGAAGGGACAAAUUGUGGAUGAGUCAAAAGUUGGUGGAACAAGGGAUACUGUUCCUGCACAAGGAAACAAUGGGGUUGCGAGCAUGGGAAUCAUGAAGAUGAUUGGCCUAAGGAAAUCAUCGAAGCUUGCUAAACAAGAAAGCUCGGGUUUCGUUGGCGAAAAGCAGAAGAAACUAAAGAUGCUAUUCCCGUAUGAAGAAUUUGUGAAGUUCUUUCUGUACGAAGUAUUUGACUUAUCACCUAGAGGCCUUAUGAAUUGUGGGAACAGUUGUUAUGCCAAUGCUGUGUUGCAGUGCUUGACCUGCACAAAGCCUCUGACAAUCUAUUUGCUCCGAAGAUCACAUUCUAGAGCCUGUUGCACGAAAGAUUGGUGUCUUAUGUGUGAACUCGAGCAACAUGUAACGAUGUUAAGAGAAAGCAGGGGCCCUUUGUCUCCUGGCAGAAUUCUCUCGCAUAUGCGAAGUAUUAAUCGCCAGAUUGGGGACGGAAGUCAGGAAGAUGCACAUGAAUUUUUGAGGCUUCUAGUUACCUCAAUGCAAUCUAUAUGCUUGGAGGGCUUGGGUGGAGAGAAUAUGGUUGAUCCCAGAUUGCAAGAAACAACCUUUAUACAGCAUACUUUUGGGGGUCGUCUUAAAUCAAAGGUCAAAUGUUUGAGAUGUCACCAUGAGUCGGAGCGUUACGAAAACAUUAUGGAUCUUACGCUGGAAAUAUUUGGUUGGGUUGAGUCAUUGGAAGAUGCACUCACUCAGUUUACAUGUCCGGAAGAUUUGGAUGGUGAAAACAAGUAUAGAUGUGGAAGGUGCUCUGCAUAUGUUCGAGCACGGAAGCAGUUGAGCAUACAUGAGGCACCAAAUAUCUUGACUAUUGUUUUGAAGAGAUUUCAGGAGGGAAGUUAUGGAAAGAUAAAUAAGUGCAUCACUUUUCCUGACAUGCUGGAUAUGGUCCCGUUUAUGACGGGAAGAGAUGAUAUUCCUCCGCUUUACCUGCUUUAUGCUGUUGUUGUGCAUUUGGAUACACUGAAUGCGUCCUUUUCUGGGCAUUAUGUCUCAUAUGUGAAAGAUAUGCAAGGCAACUGGUUCAGGAUAAAUGACACUGAGGUCCAAUCAGUGCCAAUGAGCCAAGUGAUGUCGGAAGGAGCAUAUAUCUUAUUUUACAUGAGGUCAUGCCCUCGCCCUGCAAGACCUUGUUCUGGGAAACCGACCUGGCAUCAAAAUCCUGGGUUUGUAAAGCAGUGGGCAUCCAAAAGUCAGAAACCUUCGAGACCCACCGUACAAACCAAAUCCAGUUGCCACAUUGUCGGCUCGGAACCUCCAUCAGAUCUUCGAAGGGUGAAUAGAAACAGACCAGCAAGCAUGGACAGCUUGUAUUCAGAUGCUACAUCGAGUGAUUGGUCCAUUUUCACAAGCUCAGACGACGCUUCUUUCACCACUGAGAGUACUAGAGACUCAUUCAGCACCGUUGAUUAUGCUGAUGCGUGCAAUGCCGACCCAUUCACCUCGAUCUUCAACACCAUAUACAGGCCUGAAUAUUCAUCCUCUCGUAGAACCAUUUCGUGCAAUAUGUUUUCGAGCGGUAAGUCGGAAGCAAGAUUUGCUUCGGAGGGGAAGGGCUUUGUUUUGGACUCAUACUUCUCGACCCAACCUCCUGACAGAAUACACAGAAACUCUAGUCAUUGUAUACUAUAAUCUUUGUGAAUUUCAGCCGAUUAGGUAAAACUAGCUAGCUAGGGACAAGUUGUGCCUCUUAUUUUUAUUUUUUUCAAUACUUUGUUGAAUUGGGGGCACAUGAAUCGACAUUUUAAAUCCGAAGAGGAAUGAAUUUUCUUGUUCGCUUUGAUCAUAUAAUUAUAAAUAUUUGCUAGUUCUGGAUU